UGCGCACGCGCCUUUAGAGGAAGUAGGCGGGGGAAACUUUUCCCGCUCGGCUAAAGAGCCGUGACAGCGCGCGCAGCUUGAUGACGACAUUUCAGCGCCGGGUGGCUGAAUGGCGGCUCCAACUCCCUAGGCGAGCGUCGCUCGGGCUCCCACAGUGGUUUUCUGGGGUGACCAUUUCUGACCCUCCACGGGAGGCUGCUAUGGCGUUCCCUCACCUACAGCAACCCAGCUUCUUACUUGCUAGCUUGAAAGCUGACUCUAUAAACAAGCCCUUUGCACAGCGAUGCCAAGACCUGGUUAAAGUCAUUGAGGAUUUUCCAGCCAAGGAGCUGCACACCAUCUUCCCGUGGCUGGUAGAGAGCAUCUUUGGCAGCCUGGAUGGCAUCCUCGUUGGCUGGAACCUGCGCUGCCUGCAGGGCCGUGUGAACCCUGUGGAGUACAGCAUUGCCAUGGAAUUCCUCGACCCCGGUGGUCCAAUGAUGAAAUUGGUUUAUAAACUUCAAGCUGAAGACUACAAGUUUGACUUUCCCGUCUCCUACCUGCCUGGCCCUGUGAAGGCAUCCAUCCAGGAGCGUGUCCUCCCCGACAGCCCUCUGUACCACAACAAGGUCCAGUUUCCAGCCACCGGCGGCCUUGGUCUGAACCUGGCCCUCAAUCCGUUCGAGUACUACAUAUUCUUCUUUGCCUUGAGCCUCAUCACUCAAAAGCCACUCCCCGUGUCCCUGCACAUCCGUACUUCAGACUGUGCCUAUUUCAUCCUGGUGGACAGAUACCUGUCCUGGUUCCUGCCCACCGAAGGCAGUGUGCCUCCCCCGCUGUCCUCCAGUCCAGGGGGCGCCAGCCCCUCGCCAGCUCCCAGGACGCCAGCCAUGCCUUUCGCCUCCUACGGCCUCCACCACACCAGCCUCCUGAAACGACACAUUUCUCACCAGACGUCUGUGAACGCAGACCCUGCCUCCCACGAAAUCUGGAGGUCAGAAACUCUGCUGCAGGUCUUUGUGGAGAUGUGGCUUCAUCACUACUCCUUGGAGAUGUACCAGAAGCUGCAGUCCCCGCACGCCAAGCUGGAGGUUCUGCACUACCGACUCAGUGUCUCCAGCGCCCUCCACAGCCCCGCCCAGCCCAGCCUCCAGGCCCUCCACGCCUACCAAGAGUCGUUCGCGCCCACCGAGGAGCACGUGCUGGUGGUGCGUCUGCUGCUGAAGCAUCUGCACGCCUUCGCCGGCAGCCUGAGGCCCGAGCAGGCAUCGCCCGCGGGCCACUCACAUGCCCCCAGCCCCCUGGAAGAGUUCAAGAGGGCUGCCGUCCCGAGGUUCGUCCAGCAGAAGCUCUACCUCUUCCUGCAGCACUGCUUUGGCCACUGGCCCCUCGACGCGUCCUUCAGAGCCGUCCUGGAAAUGUGGCUGAGCUACCUGCAGCCGUGGAGGUAUGCACCUGAGAAGCAGGCCCAAAGCAGUGACUCUCAGCCCCGCACUGUUUCAGAGAAAUGGGCGCCCUUUGUCCAGGAGAACCUGCUGAUGUACACCAAGCUGUUCGUGGGCUUCCUGAACCGUGCCCUGCGCACAGACCUGGUCAGCCCCAAGAAUGCGCUCAUGGUGUUCAGAGUGGCCAAAGUGUUCGCCCAGCCCAACCUGGCUGACAUGAUCCAGAAAGGCGAGCAGCUGUUCCUGGAGCCGGAGCUCGUCAUCCCCCAGCGCCAGCACCGACUCUUCACAGCCCCCACCUUCACGGGCAGCUUCCUGUCGCCAUGGCCACCCGCGGUCACGGAUGCCUCCUUCAAGGUGAAGAGCCACGUCUACGGCCUGGAGGGCCAGGACUGCGAGUACACCCCGAUGUUCGGGCCCGAGGUCCGCGCUCUGGUCUUGCGCCUCGCUCAGCUCAUCACUCAGGCCAAGCAGACCGCCAAGUCCAUCUCCGACCAGUGCACGGAGAGCCCGGCCGGCCGCUCCUUCCUCUCAUGGCUGGGCUUCUGGCCCGCAGACGCCAAUGGCUGCUACCCAGCCAAUGACCUGGACGAGCUGGGGCAGGACAGCGUGCGCAAGACGGAUGAGUACCUGGAGAAGGCCCUGGAGUACCUGCGCCAGAUAUUCCGACUCAGCGAAGCCCAGCUCGCCCAGCUCACGCUGGCCCUGGGGGCCGCCCAGGACGAGAACGGGAAGAAGCAGCUCCCGGACUGCAUUGUGGGGGAGAACGGGCUCAUCCUCACACCCCUAGGCCGCUACCAGAUCAUCAACGGGCUGCGGAGGUUUGAAAUCGAGUACCAGGGGGACUCGGAGCUGCAGCCCAUCCGGAGCUACGAGAUCGCAGGCCUGGUCCGCGCCCUCUUCCGGCUGUCGUCCGCCAUCAACCACAGAUUUGCAGGCCGGAUGGCAGCACUGUGCUCCCGGGACGACUUCCUCGGCGGCUUCUGUCGCUACCACCUCACGGAGCCCGCGCUGGCCGACAGGCGCCUGCUGAGCCCCGCGCGGCCCCGGCCAGCCGCCAGCCAGGUCCGGGGCCCGAGGCUGAGCCUGCGCUUCCUGGGCAGCUGGCGGACGCUGCUCACACUCCUGCUGGCCUUCUUUGUGGCCUCGCUGUUCUCUAUCGGGCCCGUGCCCUGCACCCUCAUCCUCAUCCUGGGCUACCUCUUCUACGCCGUGGCCAUGACGCUGCUGACCGAGAGGGGGAAGCUGCACCAGCUCUGACAGGCCGUGGCCUCUGCGCCCGGUGCAGAGUGGUAGGUUCGCUGGAUGGCCCCUCCCAGCCAGAGCGUGGGCAUCCUUGGGCGUCUCAGGCGUUUUCUGCGAGAGUGCCGUUCCUGGGAGACAGGAGAAAGGCGUGUCCCAGGCUUGGCAGGGAAGUGGGCAUCGGGGCCCGAGAGUCAUGCCCAGCCAGCGCCCAGCCACAGGCCCCUAGCUCUCGAUGCCUUUUUUUCCGGUGGCCGUGUUGGGGUUUUGCCGUGGAGAGCGCGAGGCCCACUGUGCCCUCCGCCUGCCUCAGGCCUGUCUCCCCCGACGGGCUGGCUGAGAUGGCUCCUCCCCCAUGAGAAGACCUGACGAGAGCUCCCCAGAGGCCCUUGAGGGAGUGAGGCUCCGGCUGUGAAGGUCACGUGGCGAAGCAGGAAUCCGCAGGGCCUCGAACUCCGCUUCGAAGGAGGCAGAGGUGCUCUCGGAGUGCGGUGCUCAGCACAGGGCCUCGCCUCUCCCCGGGCCGGCGGGCACUCGCUUGGCUCGCAGACGGACGCAGCUGGGAUGGUGGAGUCCGGUGCCGCUGGCAACCAAAGAUAGCCAAAGAGUCACCUUUUGAUGACACCGAAAUGAUCCCGACGUACGCGGGUGCAUGUCACUGUCGGAAGUCCCCAUGCGUCUCCCCUUCACGGGUCCUGCGCCCAGUGAGAACAGCUCGCUGGGGUUUAAGCCAGACCACCAGUGCUGGUGUGGAGGGGUUCUUUUUAACGUUUCCAGAUUGUCAGUGUUGGGUUUUAUGCUGUGGUGUAAACUUGGCGUAACAGCAUUCGGGACCAGUGGCCAAAAAUCAGACCAAACUUGUAGCUGCCCAUGGAUCUGAAUAAACCCAUCACUGCUU